AUGGCGGCGGAGAUGGUGGAGCUCCAUAAGCUGAAGCUUGCUGAACUAAAGCAGGAAUGUCUUGCUCGUGGUUUGGAGACCAAGGGAAUAAAACAAGAUCUCAUCAACAGGCUCCAGGCAUAUCUUGAAGAGCAUGCUGAAGAGGAGGCAAAUGAAGAAGAUGUACUGGGAGAUGAAACAGAGGAAGAAGAACCAAAGCCCAUAGAACUGCCUGUCAAAGAGGAAGAACCCCCUGAAAAAACUGUUGAUGUGGCAGCAGAAAAGAAAGUGGUAAAAAUUACAUCUGAAAUACCACAGACUGAGAGAAUGCAGAAGAGAGCUGAACGAUUCAAUGUACCUGUGAGCUUGGAAAGUAAGAAAGCUGCCCAGGCAGCUAGAUUUGGGAUUUCUUCAGUUCCAUCCAAAGGCCUAUGGUUACCUGGCACCAAGCCUAUGGUUAACCAGGACAAGCUAAAAGAAAGAGCUCAAAGAUUUGGUUUGAAUGUCUCUUCAAUCUCCAGAAAGUCUGAAGAUGACGAGAAGCUGAAAAAGAGGAAGGAGCGAUUUGGAAUUGUCACAAGUUCAGCUGGAACAGGAACCACAGAGGAUACAGAGGCAAAGAAGAAGAAAAGAGCAGAGCGCUUUGGGAUUGCCUGAUGAGAAACUCUUGAUGCUUUUCUGUUGUCCCGCGGUUUCCAUCUCUGAC